AUGGAUUCAAGUGAAGAUCUAAGAAAUGCUCUUGAGGAUCUAGAAGUGGUAGAAACUAAAAAUAAGGAUCUGAAAGAAAAUGUCAAGAUAGCUAAGAAAUGCAUUGAGAAACUGAGAGAGAAGAUCCAAAAGAUUAAAAUAAGGCAUAAAGAAGCUAGUGAGGAGAUCAAGCAAGAAAACAACACUAUUGCAGAUCGAAAGGUAAAAAAUGAGGACAAUAAGAAGACCAAGGAACACUCAAACAAGAUGAUGGAAUGCAAAUCAGAAGAAUGUGAAAAGUUAAGGCAAGAAGUGACAUCUCUAAAAGUAGAUCUAGAGAAAGAAAAAAAACAAGAGAGAAAAAUCGAAUCUGGUAAACUUGACUUAAUGAAGAAUUCAAAGGAAGUUUCAGAAACCAAGAAGGAAGAAAUGAUGAAUCCGGUAAAUGCUCACAACCCAAAAAAUAAGAUUCACCUCUUGAAAAAGCAAGAGCUACCAAGGAAGAAAAAGACUAAAAAGGAUGAAACUGAGUCCAAUAUUCCUUCAGAAGACAAAGUAGAUAAACCAACAACAAAAGACUCUAGUGUGCAGGUAUCUAUAAUAGGUGCUAGUUCUGGUACAUCUAAAGAUGCUUGGAAGAAAAUAUUUUUUGCUCCUUUAAAUAUUCCACCCAUUACUUCAUCUAUGCAGUCAGCUGAUUUUUCUAAUGUUGGCCCAGUUCAAAAGCUUGAGUUUGGAGAAGCAUUUAUCUCAUCUACAAGACAAGACUUUCAGAAUAAGAACAAGAUUGUCAAGGAUCUUUCUUUGAGUAGUCACACAGAGAAAAUAAGAGAAAAGUACAAAAAGGAUAAAGUUGAUGAUAGAGAAAAUAUCGUGCAUGAAUUCAAAGCUAAGUGUGAAUCUAUGCAUCACCAACUUUCACAGCUUAUUUCUCAAGGUCAAUCUUAUUUGGAAAACAGUGACAUUCUCUUUGCCUUUAGUCUUCAGUGGCUGGAUGCCACAAAGAGCAUCAAAGAUGAGAUGAAUAUCAUUGAAUAUAAGAUCCGGCAAGCUCAUGCUAAUUAUAAACUAUCUAAGGAUUUAUCUGGCUCCAGAAGAUGCAAAAUUGAGGAACUCCAUGAAAGGAUUCAAGCUGAAGAACCAAAAGGUGAAGUAGAAAUAGUUGACAUCACCGAGCAAGAUUCUGCUUCCUCUAUUCAAUUAGAUGAGGAUUUAAUGGACACUGGAGCACAGGAAGGAGAAAUGAUAGAAGGGAGCUCCUAUGCCAAACUAAUAUCAAGUGAAUUAGUUGUGGAACAGAUUAAGUCCUAUCCUCCGAUCACCCAACAAGUUACAGCUGAGAAACAUCAGGACACAGAUCAAGGUAUAGAGGAUCAAAAGGUUAAACCAAAUGAAUCUACCUCUCAGGCCACCGACGAGCAAACUUCCCAAGUACCAUCAAGCACCGAGACAAUUUCCACUGAAACUCUGAGCAAGGAAACACCGAAGGAUACAAUAGAGGCUACAUGA